CCUACAUUUUUACUGUUUGUUUAUAUCCAAUGCUGUGAGUCUGUCAGCAGAGCUACUGGGAGAGGAGGAGAGACUGGGAACUCACAACACAGAAGGAAGAGAGCCACUGUUGAACCUGAAGGAGGAAAUACGUUGAGAAGUUUGAGAAACAUCAGAGGAAAAACUAAAAGAGAAGGAGAAGAACAGAUCGACGGGCUAAAGACCUGGAUUUGGCUGGCUUGAAGGCCAUUCUUGCCCAUGUGAUAAGGCUCUCUAGUCUGCGAAGGAGCCAGCAGCAUUCUGUCACUGAUGUUGAUGUGACCAUCAGAUCGUCCAUAAAAGCUCGUAUUGGAGGCGAUGCCAUGCAGAUGUUAUUGUCCCAGAGGUGAAUCUCAAACUGAAGCUGCCAUAGUAGUCCCAAAUUAGUUCUUGGAUCUUCUCUGGGACACGAUAUACACUGAAGACAGCACACAGGGUGAUCAGAGAGUCGCUCCACCUGGACAUGUAUCACCUGUUGUUGGUGCUGUUGCUGCUGUGCAGCUCAGGACUCCAGGCUGAAGGAGAACCGAACUCAACAGAGUCUUUCAGGUUGGUGGGAGGAAAGAGUCGCUGUGCAGGAACACUGGAGGUGAAACUGGAGGAAUGGAGACCAGUGAGUUACAUUACAGUAGAUUAUUACUCUGACUGGAAACUGAAGACAGCAGCUGCUGUCUGCAAAGAGUUGGACUGUGGCUCUGCUGUUUCUGUAGAAGAGAGAAAAGACUCCUCAGACAAAUCUGCGUUGUGGAUCAGGUCUGACUGUGUUCAGUCUGGAUCUGCUCUGAGGGACUGUGUAGUAGCAGGUUCCCCUUCCUCCAUCCUCACCUGCUCAGACCUCCUUCUUCAGCCCAACAUCUCUGUGUCCUCCAUGGACGGGGUCUCUGAGGCCCAGCAGCAGGGGUUCCAGGUGUUCAGGGGCUCCAACUUCACCAUCAGCUGCUCCAUCCAGCCACAGUACCCAGGAGGCUCCUUCCAGCUCACCUUCACCUCCUCCAACUCAACACACAACUCCACCCAGCCAGCUGUCAAUCACUCUGCCCACUUCCUGUUUCCUGCUGCAGAGCCCGCCCACCAAGGAACAUACAGAUGUGUUUAUCAUCUCUAUGUUUUCUCUCAUAACUUCUCUUCUGAGAGCUGUCUGCUCUCUCUCACUGUCUCAGAACCAUCAGAACCAUCAGAUCCAUCAGGUCCAUCAUCAGAUCCAUCAUCAGAUCCAUCAUCAGAUCCAUCAAAUCCAUCAGCUCUACCAUGUCCGGCACCUUUAAUCAUCGGAGUGGUUGUCUUACUCUCGCUGACUCUGCUGUUGGUGAUCACUGCUCUUUCCUUCUACUGUAAGGCCAGCAGGGGGCAGAAGCCGGACAGACCGAGGAACAUUGUGCUGGUUUAUUAUAAGCGUUUUUUUUCUGCAGCUGAAGGAGGGCUGACUGAAGAGGAAGGAGCAUAGAGAGCAGAGUAACACCUCCAAGGAUCUCAUCUCACAUGCAGAUGGAUUUUAUUAUUCGACUUCCCUUUAACUGUUGUCUAAGCCAUGUCUUCCCAUCUUUGGGUCACCUGGUUUCCUUGUGUAAUAAUAGUGCGUUCCAUUUACCUUGGAACUCAGAAACCAGAGCUGGGAAUUAUGUAACACCUGAGUUGACUGCUUCAAUUUAACAAGUCUCAUUUUCAUUGUGGGGUUAGCUCUAGCCAGGUUAGCUACUGUUAGCAAUACCAGUUGAUAACAACGCAAUACGCUAAUUUUGUGUUGUAUUAACAGGAGAG